AUAAAGACCGCAGCCCGGUUCCGCGGGGUGCGGAGCGGCUCCGGGAAGGCCGUCGAUCCGGGCGCCCUGGUGAUCCAGGCCCAGCCCGCGCAACCCGCCUAUUCUGCCGUGCCCGUGAGCAACAUGAACUCGGGGCUGGGCUCCAUGAACACCAUGAACACCUACAUGACUAUGAACACCAUGACGACAAGCGGCAACAUGACUUCCAGCUCCUUCAACAUGUCCUACGCCAACACGGGGCUGGGGGCCGGGCUGAGCCCUGGCACCGUGGCCGGUUUUUUUGGCUCGGCGGGGCCAGUGAACGGCAUGCCGGCCGGCGUGGCCGCCAUGGGCACGGCGCUGAGCCCCGGUGGCAUCAAUGCCAUGUCCGCCCAGCCAGCCCCCAUGAAUGGGCUGAGCCCCUACGGCAGCAUGAACCCCUGCAUGAGCCCCAUGGCCUACACCCAGUCCAACCUCAGCAGGACGCGGGACGCCAAGACCUUCAAGCGGAGCUACCCCCACGCCAAGCCACCCUACUCCUACAUCUCCCUCAUCACCAUGGCCAUCCAGCAGGCACCCAGCAAGAUGCUGACGCUGAGCGAGAUCUACCAGUGGAUCAUGGACCUUUUCCCCUACUACCGGCAGAACCAGCAGCGCUGGCAGAACAGUAUCCGCCACUCGCUCUCCUUCAACGACUGCUUUGUCAAGGUGGCCCGCUCCCCUGACAAGCCUGGCAAGGGCUCCUACUGGACCCUACACCCCGACUCCGGCAACAUGUUUGAAAACGGCUGCUACCUCCGCCGGCAAAAGCGCUUCAAGUGUGAGAAGCCAGCGAACAGCAAAGCCCCUCAGGAGGGCAGGAAAGAUCAGGCCGGGGCCUCCAGUUCCAGCUCCAACUCCCCCUUGCACAGAGGCCACAAUAAAUCCGCGCAGCUGGACACCACCACCUCCCUCUCCAGCUCCAACCCGUCCACCAGCCCUCAGUCUAUGGACCACAGUGGAUCGAGCACGGAGCUAAAGACCUCGGCCUCGGCCGCCUCCUCCACUAUCAGCUCCGUCCCCACCUUGGCGUCCGUCCCGCACCCCCCUCACUCCUUAGCCCAUGAACCCCAGCUCCACCUCAAGGGCGAUCCCCACUACUCCUUCAACCACCCUUUUUCCAUCAACAACCUCAUGUCCUCCUCAGAGCAGCAGCACAAGUUGGACUUCAAAGCCUACGAGCAGGCGCUGCAAUAUUCCUCCUACGGGGCCAGCAUCCCCGGUGGGCUGCCCCUGGGCAGCACCUCUAUGGCGGGCCGGAGCAGCAUCGAGCCCUCGGCUCUGGAGCCUUCCUACUACCAAGGUGUGUAUUCCAGACCCGUGCUAAACACCUCCUAG